UAGCGGCAGCGCGCGGGGCUGCGGCGCCUCCGUGCGGCUCCGCGCCGGCACCGGAACCCCCGGACCUGGGCACCCCCGGUCCCAGAAGUGCCGCCCUCGGGGCCCUGGCGGUUCGCGGGGCGGAGCGGAGCGGAGGCAGGUACACGAGGGAGAAGAUACGGCCUCGUAGCACUGCCAAAGAGGAAGCCUUGGCAAAAGCUCCGAGCCUUCCCUGGUGAAGCCGAGGUCACGGCUCCCGGAGGCCCAGCCGUGUCAGGGGUGACGCUGUCCUGCUGCCUGCCUGACCCCUGGGCUGUCCUGCUGCCAGCACCGCAGCUGUCCCCUCUGUCCCCCACCAAUGCCCCUGGGCGGAGUCUGUGCCGGAGUCCCAAGCGCGGGGCCGAGCUGGGGGUCCCGCUUUUCCCCACAGGGCAGCAGCGAUGGGGGUGGCUUUCUCCACUGGAGCAGUCAUUGCGAUUUCUUUCAACUGCAUCAUUGCAUUACUCAUCCUCAUCCUCUUCCUCAUUCUCUGCAAGGCCUGCAGGACCCCGUCGUGCCCCAAGAAGGGCCCCUCCUCUGAUGCAGAUGAGGCAAGGAACGAGGAGAAGUACCUGCUGCAGCCCUGAGCUGUGCAGGCAGGCGGUGCUGGGGGGCUCGGGGACGUGGGCACCUGGCUGUGCUGAAGGAGCUGCGCUUACCUGGACAUAGUGUCCAUGCUGAGAUGGUGGUGCUGGCCAAGCAGGAUGGGAGCAGAGGGGACACUGAGCUGUUUGCAGGGGCAUGAUGCGGGGCAGAGCCCUUCACCUUUGUGGUCCUGGUGCAUGGAUGCCCUGCGGAUGCCUGUGGUGACUGCGAGGAUGGAGACAGCAGCUGGGGACAUGCUGCGGGGACAUGCUUGGUCCCUGCAGCCAGCAAGCAUGGCGGGAGCCAUGCCCUUGAGCACACCCCAUAUUCAGGGCCGGCCUGUGGGCUCCUCUGUGGUGCUGGUGGUCCAGGUUUGGGGACACACUCUGCCCUUCCCUUGGGGACAGUGGCAUGUGGAGGUUCGGCCACCAGCUCCUCAUUGCAUCGCAGACCUGAAUGGGGCUGGCUGGGGGCUCAGAGAGGGGAGGUGAUGGGGCCAGCACCAGUGAGCUGGCUGCCUGCUGUGGCACCAUGCCUGGGGGGACCCCAGCAGCCCUGGCCCUGCAGCUGCAGGGGUGUUACUGGUGUGGCCCUGGGGUGCAGGAGGGCAGCUAGCACCCACCUACCCCAGCAGCUAGCUGGGUUUGGUGAGCCAUGGGGGUGCAGAGGGAUGCUUGGGCUGUCCGUUUGUUCCCCGUCUGUCUGUUAGUCCCCUCCAGAGUUAGCACUGACACUGCCAGAUGAACACUCUCCUUGCCCUCCUUGCUGGGCGCCUAUCCCUGCCUGCCCUACACCUUCCCAGACACCAGCAAAGGCCAGCCAGCCUGUAGGCAGGGGACAUGUCUCCGUCCCUGGUGCUGUUCCCUGUGAGAGCAGCCUGGAGUGGUGUUUUGCAGGGGGAUCAGGGCUGUCCAAGUGCCCUUUGCAGUGACAGGCACCUCCUGGUGUGCUGCCUCAGUUGGGGACCUGCAUGUGCCAGUGGCACCUCCCUGUGUCCCACUGCUGCCUGCCUGAGCCCCCACAGAGUAUUUCAGAGUUGGAGUGCCCAGCCAAAUGGCACUGAAGGGUCUUCCAGCUCUGAUGCUUGGGGACAGGGGGUCAGCCUGGCCCCACUUCUCAAGGGCCAUGGUGGCUCUGUAGUGAGGAAUGCUUGGUCUGGUUUGUCCCCAAGCCUGACAGCUGCUUCCUCUAUCCUGCCUGUGGGUUUUGGAGUAGCUCCUAGAGUGGAGCAAUAGGCAGCAAUAGCCCCGGGGCACCUGGUCCCUGCUGGCACAGCCGCUGCAUUAAGGGGCUGGAGAGGUGGGCUGUGCCAGGGGGACACGAGCUGGGGUCUUCGCGCAGGCCUACCGAAGCCCCUGGUUCCUUCCCGUGUCAGGUGUAGCUAACAUCCCUUUGCAGUCGUGUUUUUACUAAACUAAUAAACCAGUCGUAGGAUCCAG